UUUGUUUCACUCGGAGUGCUUUGAUGUGAGAGCCCAGUUGCUAUGGAAACAGGACACUCGUUUACCUCAGAGGCUCGGACCUCCAGCGUUGUCAAGCUGCAAUGGCGUUCACAAAGUCGUAUGAAACUUCUGAAUAGUGUAAAAUUGGACCUAAAAUAUAUCUAUAUAUUAGGCUACAUGUGAUGUACAAAUACAGCUUUUGAACAAUUUUACAUUCAACGACAUUUUUGCUUCAAUAAUAUGGACAGAAAUAGUAUGCAGUGUGUUGGAAGGCCAUCAGAAGUGGCAUCAAAGGUCAACGAGAGGGAAACUGGGACCAUAAAACCAAUGUGUGCCACCUCAGCAGAUCCUUUGGCAAAAGAAUCAGUCGAGUGGAAACCAAAGCAACAGAAACCAAAACCCAGUGGAAAAGUAGAGGGACAAAAUCCUUCAAUAAACUCGGACACAUCAAAUCCCACAGUCAAUGCACAAAGUUACAAGAGGCAACAGAAAGCAAAAUCCAUUGGAAAAACAGAAAGACAAGAUUCUUCUACAAACUCCGAUACAACGAAUCCUACACAAGAAGGUGAGAGUUCUCACAGCGGAGGGUAUAAUGCCACUAAAGCUCCGUCCUUCAAAAAUGUAACUACGCAUGGACAUAAACUACCUAAACAGGUUCCUCCUGUUAUGACAGAACAACAAACAACAUCUGAAGUCAAGUUAGACAGUGGACAUGAACUUCAAAUCCAUCCUCAUGUUGUCCUGUGUGACCCAGAUCCUCGUGUGGAAGAGCGUGAGGAAGAAGAGAGCGAAGAACACGAGACAGCCGAAGGUCACGUGCCGCUUGAAUUAUUUGCAGAGUUCCUGCAGGCUGUGAUGACAAAGAAUUACCAGCUUGCCAAGAAACUCUGUCAGAUGAUCUUGAUUUAUGAACCACAAAAUUCAGAGGCAAAGAAUUUUUUACCCCUCAUUGAAGAGAAAUUACUGAUCGAAACCGAGGAGGGUUUAAAGAAUAAUGAUGAUGAAUCUGACACAUCUGAUGAUGAUGAUGAUGAGGAAGAGGAUGACAGCAGUGAUGAUGAAGACGUUGAUGAUAAUGAAUCCUCAGAUAGUUGUGACACAGAUGAAGAAUCCACUGACAGCACAGAUGAUACAUCAUCAUCAGCAUAAAGAAAGGAAGGCAUAAAAUAAUGUUAUCAAA